CUAGGCUAUUCAAGCAAACCUCAUGCACUUAUCAACAUGUUUGUGAGACGAAAAGGCAAAGUUUUAUGAAACGAUGUGACAACACACAGUAGUAGCAUGCACUGUUUGUACUGUGUGCGUCAUUGCGGGUAAGCUAACUUUACCAGUCAGGAAGUACAGUAGGUCUACAGUGGCUGUCAACUAAUUAACGUGACGGAUGACGACUGCGGGAGAUCUAACUGCUCGAGAAAUACAUUUGAGAUAGCCAACCAUCCUUAGGAGAAUAGCCCUAAUUUCUCCAAAGAGAUGUCGCAGGUUUAACUCGUUUAGAUCCGCAUCAGUAAUCCAACUGCGGCGCGGAUCUUCCCUCCUCACCACACUAGACAGGUCAAGGCGCGCAGCACAAUGUUAUUCAAGCAAUGAAUCCUGCGAAUUUCACUAGAACUGGAAGGAAUACAGAAGAAUAUAUAUUUGCGGUUGGUACUUACAAACUCCUUGCCUUUGCUAUCGGAACAAUUGGACUCUUCGGAUUUUGCAACAAUAUUAUUGUCAUCAUGCUGUACUACAGAUUCAAGAGACUCCGGACGCCCACAAAUUUGUUAAUAGUAAACAUAAGUAUAAGUGACUUGUUGGUGUCUGUCAUUGGAAUUAACUUUACGUUUGUUUCGUGCAUCAAAGGCGGYUGGGACUGGAACGCGGCAACAUGCGUCUGGGACGGAUUCAGCAACAGCUUAUUUGGCAUCGUGUCCAUCAUGAGUCUCUCAGCUCUGGCCUACGAGCGCUACAUCCGGGUGGUCUAUGCUCAGGUGGUGGACUUCCCCUGGGCCUGGAGGUGCAUCACCCACAUCUGGCUCUACUCCCUGGCCUGGACAGGGGCCCCUCUCCUGGGUUGGAACCGCUACACUCUGGAGAUCCACCAGUUAGGCUGRUCCCUGGACUGGACAUCCAAGGACCCUAUCGACGCCUCCUUCAUUCUCCUCUUUCUCCUGGCCUGCUUCUUUGUCCCUGUGGGCAUUAUGAUUUACUGCUAUAUGAACAUUCUCUACACGGUGCGAAUGCUCCGCUCCAUCCAGGACCUUCAGACAGUGCAGAUCAUUAAGAUCCUGCGCUAUGAGAAGAAGGUGGCRGUCAUGUUCUUGCUGAUGAUCUCCUGUUUCCUGGUGUGCUGGACACCAUAUGCCGUGGUGUCCAUGAUGGAAGCCUUUGGCAGGAAGAGCAUGGUCACCCCCGCCAUCGCCAUCAUCCCCUCCUUCUUCGCUAAAUCCAGCACGGCCUAUAACCCUCUCAUCUACAUGUUCAUGAGCAGAAAGUUCCGGCGCUGCUUGCUGCAGCUGCUGUGCUCCCAGCUCUCGUGGAUUCAGAGCAGCAUCAAGGACCGCCCCCUGGCCCGGAGCAUCGAGCGGCCUAUUCGCCCAAUCGUCAUGUCCCACCGAAGAGGCGGGGAACGACCAAAGAAGAGGGUGACCUUCAGCUCCUCCUCCAUUGUCUUCAUCAUCGCCAGCAAUGACGUGCACCAUCUGGACACCACCUUCAAGAGCGGCGGUAUGUCGUCAGAGGGCAUCCAGGUGCGGCCGCUGUGACAGACCAUUAUGGGUACUGUAGUACAUCGUGCUACGCCCAUGUCACCAUGGGAACUGACUAAUCACCUCAUAUCACCUGUUCCUCUGUAAACCUCAGAACUUCCUCUCACGAAACACAGAACCCAGAAGAUCCAAAACACCCUUCUGACACAAGACUAUUGUUACUCUUUUAAGCCUUUUCAAGAUCCAUCACUAUAAACCGUAGAGACUUAUUCCCAACCCUCUUUCACUGUGCAUCAGAAGGAACAAACCCUUCCCUGGAAGUGUUCAAUGUCCUGUAUUCAGACUGUCUCACCGUGAACGCUGUGAAACACUCCAUUCUACCAUCUAUCCAUCAGUUGUGGUAACCGGAUGAUGUAGCUGUGAGGUUGUGACCUAUUUCUCUUGUCUUGAACUGUCUUUGGCAUAGUCUGAUGCUGAGCUGAGUGUUUUUAAACAGUACCUCCUGCGUCAUAACGGAGGCCAGCAGUGUUAAUGGAGAAAGUGAUGUUGAUUAUUACUAUUUCCCUGGUUGGCAGCUCUAUUGUGCUUCAUGAACUUAUAGGGAAAAGCCUUACAAUAUUGCAGCAGCAAAUUCUGCACAACACUCUCUCCGCCUUUGUCACGUCCAGAUACAUUAAAUAUAUCCUAUAUUCUG